AUUAGCUUUGCUCUCCGGCUGCCUGCUGUCUGGAGCCAUGGCUGCACAGCUGGUUGUUGCUCUGCUGGCUCUCACCUCCCUGGGUGCUGCAUCUGAAUUGGACUGUAAAGAGCUGGUUAAGCCUCUGGUACUGGACAGUCACAGCCCUAUCUAUGGGAAGUGGGUGCUCCAUGUGGGGUCGUGGGACCAGCAUGGCCUGAGGAGCGACCUGGUGUCGGUGAAGAGCUCCUGGGUGGAAAUGUCGCCUUCCUCAGACAGCGGAGUCAUCACCAUCCACUGGGCCGACCGUCUAUAUGAAGAUAAGUGUCUUCAGGGUGUAGCCAACGCCACCAUCUCAGGAAUGACCAGUCACGCCAAAUUUAAUAUCAACGGUCACACUUCAUAUCAUGAUGGGAAGUAUUAUGAGACCUGUUCUGACUGCCUCCUGUCCGAAGACACCACUGUCCUCCCAGACGGCAAGUCAAAGGGACGAUACCUUUUCCUCUUUACGCGAACCGGCACUCUGGAGCCAUCCGAGUUAGAGACCUUCAAGAAACAGGCUGAGUGUCUUAAAUUCCUCCCAGAGUUCCACUUUUUGGGCACAGAUCUGUGUCCAGAAGACAAGGAAACUGCUACACCUGCUGCUGAGAACACAGAGAACAAUCAAACUGAUGUUCAGCCUACUGCAAAGUAAAGCAGAGCACAGAGGUGUCAUAGCCCUGUGAACAGCUUUGAACACACCCAAACACAUUACAGCUUAACAUGAACUAAAUACUGUUAUAAUAAUAGUUUACUGUAAUCUAUGAUUUAGUUUAGUAAUGUGAAAUCUGAAUCGCUCAUGGCAAGUUCUGGCCGGUAUAGUAAUGGCUGAAAAAUCCACUUAAAUGCUUCCUAAUUCAAAAAUGUGUUAGUUGAGUAACUGUUUUCAGCCGAUUGUGUGAGGUAAAUAAAACAGCUUUCAGCCUCCCUC